AUGGCGCCCGGCCGAGGCCUGCGGGCCGUCGCCCUCCUGGCGACGCUCUGGGCCGCGGUGCCGCUGCUCCCGGCGCGGCGGCGCGCCGCGGCGCCCUUGCGGGCGUCCCCCCGCGGCGGGGCCCCCGGCCGGCCCGGCGGCCUCAACUCGUCGUCGGCCGUGAAGCUCUUCCUGCGGAGCGCGGGCGCGACGGAGGCGGAGCUCGCCAAGGUCGACGACGACGCCGCGCUGAGCGAGACGCCCGUGCUCGAAUAUUUGCUCGAAGACGCGGGCUUCACGCAGGACGAUGUCUCCGGCAUGGUGGAGCGCUGCCCCGAGCUCGCGGCGCGCGGGGGCAACACGUCCGCGCUCCUCGGCGACGUCCGCGCGACGGUCCAGUUCCUGUCCAAGACGUUCGCGAUGCGCAAGUACGACCUGCGCAAGGUCGUCCGCGAGCAGCCCAAGAUCCUCCUGAAGCCCGCGGCGGACGCCUCCAUCUUCGACACGGGCGCGUGCCCCGCGGUCUUGGCCGCGACGUCCGGCGGGCCCGCCGCGGGGCCCCGGUCGGGCGACCUGGACGCGACGGCGGCCAUCUCCGACACCGUGCUGCUGCUGACGUCCGUCGGCGUGCGGACGAAGCACGUCAAGGAGAUGGUCGUGCGCUGGCCCCAGCUGCUGAGCAUCGAGAUGCCCCAGAUGCUCGCGGUGACGGACUACAUCAACUCGCUCGGCUUCGAGCGGUCCAUCGGGUCGCUGUACCGGGCGAACCCCUGGCUGCUGGCGGCGCCCGUGGCGACCGUGCGCGACGCGGCGACGGUGCUGCGCGACGAGGUCGGCGUGACCAACGUCGAGAACGUGGUCCGGGCGUAUCCGCGGGCUUUGUUAUCGGACCGCGAGUCGCUGCUGCGGCCGCUCGACGUGCUCCGGGAGCGCGCGGGCGUCGACGAGGCGGAUCUGGCGUCGCUGGUGGAGGCCUUUCCCCUGCUCUUCGGCCUCGACGACGCCAUGGGCCCCGUGCUCGACUUCUGGCUCGACGAGCUGAAGAUCAACGCCGCGGACGUGCCGCGGAUCUGCCGCGCGUUCCCCUCGUUAUUGGGCGUCGACGUCGCGACGAUGCGGGCGAACGUCAAGUUCCUCGAGGGGAUCGGCGUCGUCAACACGGCGCGCUUCGUCACGCGGCUGCCGCCCGUGCUCGCCUACGACGUCGACCGCGAUUUGCGGCCGAAGAUGGCCGAGCUCGUCAAGUGCGCGCUGUCGGUCUACGACGUCGUGCGCUUCCCGGCCUACUUCUCCUACCCGCUCGACGGCGUCAUCAAGCCGCGCACGGCCUUCCUCAAGCAGCUCGGCGUGCCCAUCACGACGUUCCCGCUCCAGGCGCUCUUCACGCCCGGCGACAAGGAGUUCGCGUCGCGCGUGUUGGGCGUGGACCCGAAGCGCUACGCGGCCUUCAAGAAGGACCUGCUGGCGCCGACGAACGGGCCCGUGUCCAAGGACCGGGCGACGAACUUCCCGCCGAAGAGCACCGCCAAGGCCGAGGGCCGCGCGUUCCCGUCCUUCCUCCCGGGUCCGCCGGAGGCCGCGGCGGGGAAGAAGGCGAAGCGGCAGCCGGCGCCGCGGAACCCGCCCCAGCGCCGCCGCCGGCGCCGCGAGGACGGCGACUCGACCGUGCCCCGCGCGCGAUAG